UCAUCGGACUCUGAAGGAGAAAAAAACCUAUCCAAGGCUUGUAGAAAACUCACAUCGAAACCGUUACCUAUUUCAGUGCUGAUUCACUGCGCUGGUUAGCAAAAUUUCCGAUAAAAAUUUUACAUUUUACACAUUAAUGCAUAAUUACAUAAAAACGUAAGUGUUUCAAAGAAAUCGAUCGACAUCGGUGUUAUCUAAUACAUCGAUUGGUUCGGGGACUGCGCAUGAAUAUCUAGCGAGCUUUCCUUGCUCUUUACAACAGUCAAAAUGGCGGACAACGAGGAUGAAAGCAAUACGUUGAGUACAAAAACAGAAGGAGAGAGCUGCACCGUAUCACAAGUCCAGUGCGUUUCUGAAUCGGUUGUGAGUGAGACGCCCGAAGAUGAAUUUGCAAAUCAAAAUGAAGUCGGCGAAAAGACGGGUGAAAGGUCUGCAACUGUGAUGACCGUAACCCAGGGGUUGGCUGAUUUCCUCCAGGGCUGCACUAAACAAGACGAUUGCCAGGUUGUCACCCAAAUAGAGGGCGGAGAGCAAUCGGAACAAAACGCAAUGGCAAUUGAUGGGGGUUCUGGUAUUGCAACGGGUACGGAAUAUACGGCGAUUAGCGCCGACUUUGUCAACGCUAUAACGCCAGCAACCACCAUUAUCUAUGUGCAGCCAGACGGUAGUUUCGUUGAAGGGUCUGGUCUAACAGCAGAGGAGCAACAGCAGCUCGUAGAGCAAUUGGCAAAACAGCAGCUAGUUCAAGUAACGGACACCGAAGCGGCGCGCCUUUUCGAGCAAAACCAAGUGGUCAAAAAUAUCCCUGCUUCAUCGACGUUCGUCCCCAGCACAGCACUGGCCCCCAACGAGCUACAACAAGUGAUAGAUCAAGUCACAAAAUCUCAACAGCAGUCUAUGGUUCACGUUAACCAGCAGACCCCCAAAGCCACUGAGCAAGUGUUGACCACACUGGACCCUGUCACUGGCCUCUUUACAACUGUCACUAAUACAGAGGUAUCGACGGCACCCUCGCAGCCACUGACCACUGUACAGAACGCAUCUCAGCAGCUAAAGAACGUAGCCAAACACGUGGCUCUCCAGUCCAGCAACGGUACUCGUCUCAUCCAGAAAAAGCCAGAACCGAUCAGAAUCCAGGUCCAAAUGCCCCCCAAGCAGGACUUGAAGCCACUGACCACAACCACCAUCACCAUCCCUCAGCAGAAGUCCCUGGCUGUGGCUCAACCUCAGGUCAAAGUUUCCACCAACGGUGGCAUGAGCAGCCCCCAGAUCAUUCACAUCACGCCCGUGGUGGGCCAACAGCAGUACUUUCUCCAGCAGAACCCCGGAGAACCGCCCAUCCAGCUGCUGCUGCAGAGCUCCACCCCCGUGGUGGGCAGUCUGGUCCCUGUCGUUCACAAACUUCCUGCCCCGGGCACUCCUGUGACCAUACAAGCUACAAGUAGCGUCCAAACCCCACUCGUUACUGUCCAGACCACAGUCAAGACUCCAGGAAGGCCCCGGGCCAAUGGCACCCCUGCCGGCUCCGCCAAACCUGCCACCACUCCGGCCGCCCAGCCUGCGGUGGAGAAGCAGAAGGCUAAAACGAGAGUCAAGAAGCCUCUGAAGGUGAAGACCCGCUCAGGCAGGGUGUCCAGGCCUCCCAAGUACAAGGCCAAAGACUACAAGUUCAUCAAGACCGAGGACCUGGCAGAAAGCCACCAGUCGGACUCCGAUGACUAUUCGGAGAUCAGCGAAGAGGAGGAGGAGGGAGAGGAAGGCAAAGGAUCCUCGUCGACAAUGAGCUACAGCCACAAGCAGAGGGCCCAUAAGUGUAAAACAUGUGACAAGGCAUACAUAGGGAAUGGGGGUUUAACUAGACACUACAGACUAAACCCCACCCACGGGGACGCCCAGGACCCGCCAGCCCAGAAUGACGACCCCCCAGGAAAGAAGCCUGAGACUGGGGCAGCGAACAGCGUUAAGAAGGAAGAGGAGGGGAACUCGGUCCCUGCUGACAAACUGACAGGUUCUGAGAAAGAUGAGGACACGAAGAAGACAGGCACCACCUCCCCUGCCACUCCACACAAAGUAGACCCCUCUCCAGCCCUGGGUCCCGCAGCAGCGGCCGGACUCCGGGGGGUCCAGUCGAGGGGACCGGGCAGGCCCCGCGGACGAGGUCGGGGCAGGGGCCGUGGAAGACCCAGGGGACCCAUACCCCCCAAGGUGGUGGGUCUACCACUUAGACGAGGGCGUCGUGGCAGGCCUCCGAAGCUAGGGGGCGUCAGUACAGAGCAGCUUGCCCAGAGAAGACAAGAGAGACUAAAAGAGGUGGUCCACCAGUGUGAAAAUGAGGAGCUGUUGGAAGUGGUCCUUCCUCGCCUGGCCAAGGCCAUGAGCCUGUGGGACUUCCUCCUCAUGAAGGUGGAGAAAGGCCACCCUGCCAAGGCCCACUUUCCUGAGGUGUAUGGCGAGUUUGAGCAGCUCCAUAGCCAGGUGAAGAAGAUGGCCCAGGAGUACAUCUCCAACCCCCAGGGAGUCCACACCGCAUUAGAGGUUCACAACAUGGAAGUUGCCAAAUCUCUCGGAAUCUUUGACGAGGUGAACAAACUGAAGGUUCUGAAUCCUGGUCCAGGCCAAAGUUCUACAAACCUGGCAACCAAGAAUGUCCGCUACAUGGAGAACUCGAAGAUGCUUCCUCCGUCCAAGAGGUUUAAGAUGGAGAACAGGACAGAGGAGAUGAACAGUGUCUCUAUCCACCAGAACGGAUUAGAGAAGACGGCCAACAACACUAAAGAGUCUGGCCUGUUGAAGGUUCAGAGUGGAGCAGCCAGCAGUCUGAAGACGUGCACCGUGUCUGUGUCUCCUCUGGUGGUCCCAUCAAGCCCCAAGCCAGUCGCUUUUGCCGCAGCCCCCCCAAAACAGCCCCCAGCCCCGUCUGCCUCAGCCACCCCCAGCACCCCCAUGCCCCAGGAUAACCCUUCCAGCAGGCCGGCCGGCCCUGGGACCGAGGAGGCCAUGGACACCAGCGAUCCUGCCCAGGGAGGGCAGGGGGACUUGGGGAGAGCUGAGCCAUGCGAGGUCCUGAGCACCAGUGACAUAGCAGACCAGAUGAAGGAGCUGGAGAAGGCUCUGGCCACAGAUCCUGCUACUGACAAGUCAGAGCAGCCGCAGCAGCAGCAGCCACCCGGGACAAAGCCGCCUGCCCCCAGCCAGACCCAGCAGAGUGCUCCGUCCCUGGGCAGGCAGAGCCAAGCGGCUCCCCCCGGGGGUCAGGCUGUGGUCCAGGAGGGCCAGGAGAUCUACAUCCAGACAGAGGGUCUGACCAUGCAGCUGGCCGAGGGCUCGGAGAGCGACACGGCGUCGGAGCGCAUCGUCAUCGUGAACGGGCCCGACGGCACCACCAUGCACAUCCGCGCGCCGGAGGGGGUACCCCUGGAGGCGGUGCACGCUCUGCUGGGCAUCGAGGCCGAGGCGGCCAAGACGCAACAAUGAUCUCGAACUCUUAACCAGACUCUCACCCCCUCCACCGAACCCCGACUGAAACAUUGGCCUUGUUCACCUCGCUCUGAAAAUGUGUCCUUCCCUCCUCUACCCAAUUACGAAAAAAACUGAUCUAACUCAUUUGGAUGGGUAACCACCAUCGUGCAUGUUGACCCGUCUAGUCAUGUCACAUUAAUGAUUUGGGAAGAAGGGAGAAGGGGGUGUUUUCAGGGCUUUGAUACAGCUGGUGACCCUUGCCCUGUCUUCCGGAUUCCCUCCCUCAUCCUAAAGCUAUUCGUUAUCUGCGCUCUCGGAUGAUAUGGGGCGAUCUGAAAGCAAACGGUUGAGGAAGGAGGAGGCCGGACAAGCAGUUACCAUCCGCCAUGUUGAUGUUCCAUGAUCGGGUGGAUUUUUAUUGUAUUGGUUCUCAGUAUUCUUUGUAAAUUUGUAAACGUUCUUUUCGAUGUGGUUUUUUCAUAUUUAGACACAAAUAGCCCUUCCUUUAAAAAAAAAUACUACAAAAAAAAAGUGCUUAGUUGUUUGUGAUAUGUUUAUAUGUAGAUAAAUAUCAAAGGCAGUUAAAAAAAAAGUUGCACUAUUUUAUUACUUUUUAUAUAUUCUGGCGUAACAUUUUCCAAACAUAAAAAGGUUUGUAAUAAUACCAUUGGGAAUUUAUGCGAGGGGGGACAUUAAAUGAGAAGGAACUGAG